GACACAACCGGGGGAAAGUGCUCGGAGGGGGAGGGGGUCCCGUCGGCAGGCACACAGACAGCAGGCAGCAGCUGCAGCGAGGAGGGACCGGUACCGUUACUCUGCAUUAAAACAUUAAUACUACGAUUUUUAGCUCCGAAACACACAAGACAGCAACAUAAACACACAGACCACAUCUAAAAUGGUUGACCGCGAGCAACUGGUUCAGAAAGCCAGGCUGGCCGAGCAGGCAGAGAGGUAUGAUGAUAUGGCAGCUGCCAUGAAAUCGGUCACAGAGCUGAAUGAAGCGCUAUCCAACGAGGAGAGGAACUUGCUCUCCGUGGCCUACAAGAACGUGGUUGGGGCGAGGCGUUCGUCCUGGCGCGUCAUCUCCAGCAUCGAGCAGAAGACAUCGGCCGACGGCAACGAGAAGAAGAUCGAGAUGGUGCGGGCCUACCGGGAAAAGAUCGAGAAGGAGCUGGAGGCCGUCUGCCAGGACGUGCUCAACCUCCUAGACAACUUCCUGAUCAAGAACUGCAACGAGACGCAGCACGAGAGCAAAGUCUUCUACCUGAAGAUGAAAGGCGACUACUACCGCUACCUGGCCGAGGUGGCCACGGGGGAGAAGAGAGCGGCGGUGGUGGAGUCCUCCGAGAAGUCCUACAGCGAGGCCCACGAGAUCAGCAAGGAGCACAUGCAGCCCACCCACCCCAUCCGCCUGGGCCUGGCUCUCAACUACUCCGUCUUCUACUACGAGAUCCAGAACGCCCCGGAGCAGGCGUGCCACCUGGCCAAGACCGCCUUCGACGAUGCCAUCGCCGAGCUGGACACCCUGAACGAGGACUCCUACAAAGACUCCACUCUGAUCAUGCAGCUUCUACGAGACAACUUGACGCUGUGGACGAGCGACCAGCAGGACGACGAGGGAGGCGAGGGCAACAAUUAAAAAUUAAAGAGUCCCAAAACCUCAUUCUGCCAAAAACAACACAACACGCUCGCUCACAAAUGAUGACAAAAAAUCUAAAUACUAGUUUAAAAAGUUCCUAGAAAUUUACAAAAAAUAGGGAGGGGGAGGGGCGGUGGAACACUGGCGGCCAAUUUAGCCAACGGUACUGACGAGGCUGCUGUUCUUUAUUUUUCAACAAAUUAAAAGUGAAAAACAGGUUGAAGGAGGGAAGACAAUUUUAGUUUGAAAAAUAAGCUAGGAUUAAAACAAUAAAAGAUGAAACCCCCUCCUUGGUAGCCUCUGCAGCAUUUGCCAAAAUACUUUAGAAGCAAGAGGUAUGUGAUGCAUCGCAGUGUGACUAUUGGGUGAUGGUCCCUUCACACUGGACGGGUCUCAUCGCGCGACCACGCUCAGCUGUCUUAUUGUAUAUGGCGAGGGGAGGAGCAUUCACAAAUUGUGUUUCGAUGCUUGAGCAACCAGAAAUUUAGAGUAACCUCGAAUGUCAUGGCGUUGCUUAGCGAGAGAGAGAAGGACAAGUGAGAGAGCAGACGGGUUACAGAUAUGAAGACGGGCUUUCAAUUAAGGGGUGUCGCACUUCAUUGUGUAACUUCAAAACGUACCGACAUCUUUAGUUGCACCACAAUUUGAUCGUCGAGGGAAAAGCAGGUUGUCUCUGUUAUUGAAGAUAACAAUAAAAACAUGUUUUUGUUUUCAUUUGUGUCAGGUUAUGUGUCCAGCUCAGUCACACAGUCAUACUGGAACUAAAAACACAAAUUCAUGAAAGUAAAACUUAGUGCAGCUUGUCCAUCUCAUGUGCUGAUGUGCUUUAACAUUUACCAUUAACUGUUUUUGGACACCUAGUUCUUAUUGUCAGUAUUGUUGUUACUAUGACAACUUCUAUUGGCUCCUUGUAGGAAACGAUUUGAUUCACAGAAAUCCAGAUAGCAAAAUAAAUAAAUGGAUUUUUAUUUAUUUUAUUUUUUUAAAUGUGGUGAUUGAAAAUGAUCAUGAGCCCACCCUUAUUGUCCAGUUAUGCUAACUUCAUAACAAUCUAGUAGGAUCUCUGGAACGGCGCCUGGAAACAGCCUUGACCAAUGAACCAAGUGAAUUUGUGGACAGAGCACAUGCAAUGUUGAGUGGAAGCUCUAAAAGCAGAUUUGAGGUUUGUGGAUUUCAUUCGUCUUCAGUUUCUUCCUGGUCAACAAAUGCACUCGCCUAUUAUACUGUUUCUUCAGUGUAAGAUGAUAACUGCUCCAAUAUUCUCCAUAAUACAAUAUUGUGCAUGCUGGUGAUGUAUUUAUACAGUAGCUUCAAUUGAUUAACUUAUACAGUAGAUGUUAUGUAUUCAUAUGAACAUGGAAUUACUAGACCUUAAAAUCGGAUUAUUUUCUAUUUAUUUCUUUUUAUUGCGAUUGUUAGCUAGACCUUAUUUUAAUCUGUGUUUUCUUUACUCCAUUUGCUGAAGUACGCUAUACCAAAACAGUGAUUGUUGACAAUAAAUUGAUCUGUUAUGGACA